AUGUCUUCUGAUCUACCGAGACGUCGAAAUGUAGAAGAUUUUAUUGUCGUUUGGAUCGGCGAAGCUGACGAUACUGGAAAUUCGAUCGCCACUCAACUUUGCCGUGUUGCCAGUUCGACACAAACAUUCAGUGAUGCAGAGAGAUGCGCUGAUUAUAUCCGCGAUGCCAAAAAUGAGAAGAUUUUUCUCGUCGUCUCGAACUCACUGGCUCAAAAAGUUUUAUCUGAACUUCAUGGCUUGCCUCAACUCGAUUCGAUCUACGUCGUCUCUUCAAACACGCCAUCGGAGCACGAAGAGUACAGCACGAUGUAUGCGAAGGUCAAAGGCGUCUUCCCGGAGGCCUCCGCUCUCUGUGAACAUCUCAGACAAGAUAUUCGAGUAGCUGAGGCAAAUACUACACUGAUGAGCAUUCUAAGUUCGAAUGAUGUGUCGCCCAGGGAUCUGAAUUCUCUCGACCCUUCUUUCAUGUAUUCUCAAUUGUUCAAAGAAAUUUUACUCGAAUUUGACUAUGACGAACAGGCUCGAAGACAAUUAGUUGAACUUUGUCGAGAACAGUAUGCUGGAAAUGGUGGGGAAUUAAAUGUUAUUGAUGAAUUCGACCAUGACUACCAGAAUCAUUCCCCAGCAUGGUGGUAUACGAGAGAAUGUUUCCUGUACAAAAUGCUCAAUAAAGCCCUUCGAACGCAAAACAUCGAUAUCUUGUGUACAAUGGGCGUCUUUAUUCGAGAUCUUCAUCGACAACUGGAACAACUCCAUUCUGUCGCUUCAACUAACAACACGCCUCUUGUUUUAUAUCGAGGCCAAGGGUGA